AUGACUUUGGAUGAUCUUCACGAAGAUAUAUUGGUGGAAAUUCUGAUUCGGCUGCCUUCAAAGUCUGUGUUUCAAUGCAAAUCCGUCUCAAAACGUUGGUAUUCCAUAAUCUCUACUUCUUAUUUCACUAACCGCUUUUAUAUGCUGAAUCCGUCCUUCACCUUGCUCAUCCAGAGAUCAUUCUACUCUAUCCAUGUAGUACCCACGGAUCCCAAACUCAAACCCUUAAUAUCAUUCAAAUUCAAAGAAAUAGUAAACAAACCAUUCAUGGUUCAAGCUUCAUGUAAUGACUUGCUCUUAUGCACCUAUUCCAAUUGGCCCGUGAUUGAUCAAUUUCAUAUGAUCUACUACUACGUGGUAAAUCCAAUUGCUCAUACAUGUGUUGGGCUCCCCCCUGUAACUCUACUUGGUACGGGCUAUCGGAUCGGGUUCAUCUACCGUUAUGGCAAUCAUGACCAGCUCAUUUAUAGGGUGGUGCUUAUUCCUCCCUUUAGUGACAAGUUGAAGGAAACUAAGGUAGAGAUCUUCGCAUCUGAAACUGGUAAAUGGAGCAAUUCAGUGUUACCGUGUCCAGGUAACUUUGAUCGCCGCGGUGUUCCCUAUAAGAAUUUGCUUUUUUGGUGGGAUAGUGAAGGUGGCCGCCUUAUUUGGUUCGAUCCAUACAAUAGUGACUGCUGUGGUUUCUUUGAACACCCUGAAAAGUUAGAUCCAUUUCAGGGUCAUGUUAUAAAGGAUCCACUUGGAGUGUGUCAUGGUUGCCUGAGGCUAUGUCAGUUUUUAAAGAAUCCGCAAGAGGGUUUACGCCUUUGGGAGAUCAAAGACUAUGAUGAUAAAGGAGGAAAAUGGUACUUGGAGCAUGAGAUGUAUUUUAAUGAGAUGGUUUCGCUUAAAUGUCCUCAACUUCUACAACACAUAAACAGGAGUUCUCAUCCAAUGUUAGCUUAUCAUCCAAAGGACAAAGAUAUCAUCUAUUUGAUUCUUAUUUUUUGGGCGUUUCCUGGUUCAGAACAACGCAUGGUUAUAUCAUGCAACAUGAGAACAAAAACAUUGGAAGUUAUCCAUGAUACUCAAUCCAUCUUUUACUUUCCUCACCAUCUUAGGACACGCCAUUUAUUCGAAGUUUUCACCUUUGUGCACCCUCCCGUACUUUCUCUUUUAUAG